AAGAUUUCUCAUAAAAGUUUCUACAAAAUCAUAGAAAAAGAAAAUAAUUUUUAUGAAUCUAACACUAGUUCUAUUUAUAUUUAGAGCAAAAUAUCCAAGUCAAUAUCUACCAUUAGAAGUGCCAAUACAAGCUAUAACUGGAUCAGUAGAUAUCACUGUACCUAUUAGUCAGACAAUAACUUUUGCUAAACAAGCUAAAAGUGCUGGUGAUAACUGUGCCCAAGUGAUUGUUGAAGGUGAAGAUCAUUUUGUUCAUCUAAAUAUUUCUUCAAAGUCUUGGAAUUAG